AUGCAAGCCAUUGCCGAUAGUUUCAGCCAGCAGAACGCGCUGGCUUCUGCACUACAAUACGAUAACGAGGAGCAUUUGAAUAACGAUUUCGUCACUGGGAAUGGGCUUUUCCAGCGACUAGCACCUCAAAUUGCCAUGCCACCUAUAUCCUCCCCCCAGGAGUUUCUCAGAGCACACACGGAUGAUUCGAAAAACCCAGAUUGCAAAAUAAAGAUCGCACACGGUACCACUACGUUGGCAUUCAGAUUCCAAGGCGGCAUCGUUGUGGCCGUAGAUUCGCGUGCCACGGCCGGCCAAUGGAUCGCAUCGCAAACGGUGAAAAAAGUGAUCGAAAUCAACCCUUUUCUGCUGGGAACCAUGGCAGGUGGCGCUGCAGACUGUCAGUUCUGGGAAACCUGGCUGGGAACGCAGUGCAGACUGCACGAACUUAAGGAAAAGGAACGUAUAUCUGUAGCAGCAGCGUCCAAGAUUCUGGGCAAUUUGGUCUAUGAAUAUAAGGGUGCAGGGCUAUCCAUGGGUACAAUGAUCUGCGGAUACACCAAGAAAGAAGGUCCUACAAUUUACUACGUGGACUCUGAUGGAACGAGACUUAAGGGAGACCUGUUUUGCGUUGGGUCAGGACAAACUUUCGCGUAUGGUGUGUUGGACUCCAAUUACAAAUGGGAUUUAUCUGUGGAAGAGGCUCUAUACCUAGGAAAACGUUCGAUCCUCGCUGCAGCCCAUAGAGAUGCGUACUCCGGUGGGUCCGUAAACCUGUACCAUGUAACGGAACAAGGAUGGGUAUACCAUGGGAACCACAACGUCGACGCUCUUUUCUGGGAAAUCAAAGAGAAAGAGGGUUCCUUCAACAACGUCAUCGGUUAG